ACUGUCGUCGGAUACAGUCGCCAGCAAAUGUGCUCUUUGCCGUUCGAUUUAUUACCCGUUGCAAGAAAAUAGAGAGCGAAAAAGGUCAAGGGGUUGGAAACUCUGACACCUUGUGUGAAACACCCAUUUCACACACCUAAAACACCUUUUGACACCAUUUCGACACCUUUCAAUUGUAGCACCAUGAUUAUAUUUUAUUUUACUGGCGCCACUGGUCUGCCGAUGUUUAUGUUUACAUUUUCAGAUUCGCUAACCUGUGUCAAUCGAAAAAGCAGUAAGCGGUCCUACGGGUUUUACUCCUCCAUAUCAUCCUCCGCGCUCCAUCAUCGGGAACGGAACGGCGGAACGGACCACAACACAUCCUCUACCGAGUCCUCUACCAACCCUACUGACGAUAGGUUCCGAAACAGUCCCGGAAGUCACCCGUCAACAGUGACAAUAGUGGAAUUAGUCUAUGGAAGCAUCUCAACGUCGGUUGUUCGCCAUCCGGUGCCUCCUUCUCCUGGCCAUGAACCACCUUCCGAACGAUUUCGUCACUGCAGAUCGAUAACACCAGCAGUAAACAAGACUGACGGAGAGUAAUUUCAUCCCACUACUUGAAAUGCCUGAGAACCUCGGCGAUCCCACCUCCCAACCUAGAUCACCUACCACCAUCCAAGAAACGCUGUACCGAGUACAGGCAGCAGCGGAAGACCAUGCAGAACAACCAGAAGUUGAAGAAGGUCACUGGUCUAGUCAACCGCCAUCAGUCACAGCACGGUGCUACUUCCUCGCCACCACACAUCCACCCAAAGCUGAAACGAAGGAGAGACCAAUCUGGUCUCUCAGCUCCGGCGACAAAUCUGGCCAGCUGCGGCUUGGGCGGGACGAAGAUUCUGGCUUGGAUUCUGGUACAACAGCAGAAUUGCAUGAAAAUCUGAUAGGGCGGAGAACAGUUGAGUCUCGGAAGAGCAGCCGUCUACCAAUCAGAAGCGAGGGGGACAGGUGGAUCAUGUGAAAAAUAGUCGAACGGGUGACCUAUUCGUCAGCUUAUUUUUUGGACGGGAUCAUGAUUUCAAUAAAACCAAUGAAGUGUAUUUCAUUAUCAGUUGUAUAAUAAAAAGGAUAUUGUUACAUAUAAAC